AUGAACACCACGAGGAUAGACAACGAUCCGGUCGUCAAGGAAAUACCUGUAUUUCUGUCCAAGACUCUGGCUGAUAAAUUGUAUAUUGUUCAAUAUCCUGCAUAUGUCACCGAUGGCUAUGCUAAUGCUACCAUCUUGAAAACCUCCAUCAAACCUGAAAAUAAAAAGAUCCACAUGGAGUUUGCAAUAGACACGUUAAACGAAAACUGUUAUGAUUGUAACAUGGGGAAACAGUUGGCUCUCAUUGCAGACGGCAAAUCUAAAAAAGAUGAUGAAAAAGUAUUUAAUAGUGAAUUGAUGGACAAGAUUGUGUUGACUUCGGAACGCACAAUGUCGGAUUGCUCAAAUUUAGCAGUUGGAGUCUUUCAGGAUGAUGAGUUACAUAUCACGCCAUUGAACGGGAUGCUACAUAUGAAACUACAGUGUGAUUAUCUGGAUGAAAACGACAAGCGUAAUAAGGAUGGAACAAAAAGUACAAUAGAAGAGGGCGAUGAAGAAGAGGAUAAUGCUAUGCCGGUACAAGUGACAUUUGCCAAACAUCAGUCAGAUAAUGUGAAGAGAAUGCAAGAACAAUCUUUCCAACAUUAUUCUAAGAAGAGCCAGGAAGAGCCUUGGAUACACACGAAUUAUGUGCCAUUUUAUGAUACGCAAACUGAAUUGACACGGAUGGAGAUGUUCUGCUCAUUAACAGAAGAUGAAUCUAUAAAUCUGAAUUUACCAAAGAAUUAUCUGUCUCUAUUGGUACCCAAGGAAUGUAAUUCACGAGAAUAUGAUAAUCAGGUGGACUUCCAUAAUAUUGCAACCUUACCACUGUUGGACCAACUUAGAAUAAUCAUGAAAAAAGUGAGAAUUAUAACAUUCUCAGCAUUACGUGAGUUUGUAUCGCCGGAACAUGAUACAAUAACAAUGCUGAAAUAUAUGCAGCAAGUGGCUGUGCUGGUGCAGGGUAAUUGGGUCGUAAACAGUGAACUAAUCUAUCCCAAGGAUAGUCUUUCUGUACAGAGUAAUAUUUCCGAGCUUAUGUGCAAAGCUCGCGAUUAUAUCCUAUUAUUAUUUACGGAGCAUCAGUAUCUUAAGCGCAACGCAGUCUUAUCCUUCAUUAAACUGGCAUCAGAUGAAAUUAAUCAAAUUUUCGAAGAGCUCGGGAUAUAUGAACCAAAGAAGGGUUGGCGAUUGAAAUUACCACCUAAUCGGAGCUUCUGCGAUAGAUAUUCGGAGAUUGCUCAGCGACAGGAAAUGUUUUGGGACGCGAAGCGAAAGCACGUGCGCGAAACGAUGGAGGCGUAUAACCAGCCACCACAGCGUCAACGCCGCAAAUCGAAUCGGGAAUCGCUAGGUUCAGAAAAUGAAGAAAGAAAUGUUGGUCGUGGCCGCAAGUCACUUAGGGAUUCGUCUCUGUCGGAUAAUGAUGGCGAACCUACUAAACACAAAAAGAGCGGUCGUUCCAGAAAAGUAUCGGAAACCACCACGUGACCAAAACCUAUGCGUUGAGACGAUCGACGAUCUCUUGCUGUGGCAUUUACGAAUCGCGAAAUAUUUCUACAAACCACGCCAAGAUACUAUGGAAAGACGAUUUCCCCCCAAGACAGAGCUUAUAUCUCAAGCUGAUGGUAUUGUGUGCGUCUAGUCCGUCAUAUUUAUAAACAUCGUAGUAUAUUAUAUUUAUUAGCACGACGUUUAUAACGUGAAGUACAUAUAAAUACGGCAUAUAUCAUAUUGUUAUAAUACAGCAUACUUAAAUAUAAAGCAUUAAAACUUAGUGCUUCAUAUUUAGGCAUACACUGUAUCUCUAUACAACGCUUUCAAUCGUGGGAUAUAAGUACAUUUUGUAGAUAGCGAUUAAUAAUUAUAUAUUUUGUUAAUAAAUAGCGAUUAGAAAAAAAU